AUUAUUGAGUAAAAGGAGAGAAUGGGGUCUAGCGGUCCAGCUGAGUCUAUGGCUGACCGACUUUGGGAGAGCAGCCGUAUUAGAUAAAGGGAAGGAGAGAGAGAGAGAGAGAGAGAGAGAAGAAAUAUUCUCUUUUGCUUUCAUUUUCUGUAUGUUUGGCAUUUUUCUUUCCAAGUUCAAGCAAAGUAAAAAGUUUUCCCAGAAAACAAAAAGAGCUUCAUUUGGGUUCUUAAUUUGUUCUCAGCGAUCCAAAAUUCCAAUACAUGCACUGAGAUUUCUUGUAUUGUCUUCUUAAUUAUAGUAGUAAAUCCUUUUCUUUUUUUGUUUCUUAAUUUGUUCUAGUAGUUUUAGCAUCUUCUCUUGUUACUUCUUUUGUCUUAGCAAGUUUUAGAACGCAACCCGUUACUUCUAAUUACUUCAGAUUCAAUAUGAUGUCCGAAGAUGGUCUCUCAAUUCCCUCCACCGUCAAAGGGUUAGCUCAAGAACUAAGUUCCAGCCCUAACCCUAACCCUAAUACCGAUAAUCAACUCAAGAGGAAGAGGAAUUUACCUGGAACUCCAGAUCCAGAUGCAGAAGUCAUAGCUUUGUCCCCAAAAUCUCUAAUGGCCACAAACCGAUUCGUUUGCGAAAUUUGCAACAAGGGAUUCCAGAGAGACCAGAACUUGCAGCUUCACCGACGCGGCCACAACCUUCCAUGGAAGCUCAAACAAAGAUCAAACAAAGAAGUGAUUCGAAAAAAGGUGUACGUGUGCCCGGAAAGGACAUGCGUGCAUCACGAGCCUUCCCGAGCACUCGGAGACCUCACCGGAAUCAAAAAGCACUUCAGCCGAAAGCACGGUGAGAAGAAAUGGAAGUGUGAGAAAUGCUCAAAGAAAUACGCAGUUCAAUCGGAUUGGAAGGCUCAUAGCAAGGUUUGUGGGACUAGAGAGUAUAGAUGUGACUGUGGCACACUUUUUUCCAGGAAGGACAGCUUCAUUACUCAUCGAGCUUUCUGUGAUGCAUUGGCGGCUGAAGAAAGUGCAAGGUUUGGCUCAGCUUCAACUAAUAAUAUGAAUCCAAGCUUCAUCAAUGGGUGCAAUAAUAUUACCAACAUUAACCCUCAUCAUCAACCACCAAGAAUCCCUCAUUUUAUACCAAUGUUUCAGCAAGAAUUUUCUGGCUCAGACCCUGCUGCAGCCAACAAUUCUCAUCUCAAUUCCAAUGCUUUUAUGCCGGAAUUGGUGCCGACACCUUCAAUGGACAUGUUUGGAUCGUCAUCGUCAUCGCAGACGCAGUGGCUCAUCAACAACAAUAAGUUCCCGGAAGAGGCAUCGUUUAAUCUCUCCAUGUCAUCUUCGUCGUUGGCUCGGGGACUUAAGGAGGAAUUAGAAGAAUCCAAAGGAAGUUUGUCUGAAACGAUAAGUGCUUCUGCUACCUCUUUCUAUAACAACAACAAUCACCAACACCAACCCAUGUCAGCCACAGCACUUUUGCAAAAAGCAGCUCAAAUGGGAUCUACAAGAAGCAACAACAACAACAAUAAUCCAGCAACAACAUUCAACGACACUGCCUUUGGUUUCAUGAGCACAUCGUCCAAUUCAAACCAGCUCAGUUCAUAUGGCCACCACCACAACAAAAAUGAAGUUGAGAGCUUCAAUGAUUUGGUGAAUUCCAUGUCUUCUUCAACUCCAGCAACCACAAUUCGAGACGGAUCGUUGUUCUCUAGCUCCUUCUUGAGCAACAAACACUUGAUGAAUAUGCCUGGAGCAGCCAAUCUGAUAAAACAAAGCCAAAGUGAGCAAAGUAGUCUAACUAGAGAUUUUCUCGGAGUCGGAAGCGAUGCGAUUAGCGGAGUGCCCUUCUUUCAACAAGAGCUAGCCAAGUUAGCUUCAAUGGGUGACUUGAGUCAAUACACUAGUAGUGGUCAUCAAUGAGAGCCCUAUACAUUAAUUACAAAGCUACUUAAAAGAGAGCCUUUGUUGGUCUCUAUAUACUAGAGUUUCAUUAGAUGAAAUGUAUACCAAUGGAAACUAGAUUAAGAGGAUAACGAGUCUGAGUUUGCACUCAAAAAAGCGAGUCAACUCGGAGAGAGAGAGAGGGGCCAGUGCGUGUUCAUGUUGGGAGAGAGAGAGACUAAACAAAAAGAGACUUCAUUGGCUUAAAGAGAGGGCCCUCCAUGCAUGUAGUAGAUUUUUUUUCUUUUGUGUUUUCAUCUUUGGAAUUUUAGUCUUUCUUGUCAUUUCAUUUGAUAAAAGGCUAAAGUUUAAAUUGUGUCA